AUGCGGAAGCGUGACGAUGGUAUCUUCUCUCAGGCCAACUUCACCUUCCAAUACCCUGUUGUCCCUCUUGAUCAUUCCAAGUUUGUCUCUACCGUCACUUGCACAAAAGGCGCACUCACCGGAGUCAUCUCCAACAAUGCUGCCUAUAACUAUGCCAAGAGCCAGUGGAAGGGCAGCAAAAAGAUCAUCUUCAUCACAUCAGCUGAUGGUUGUGUCACUUUCUCUGAUGAUGCAAAGACCUUUGUGGCCAAGGGUGUUACGACUGAAUACGCCGAUGUCUUUGAACGGUUCACUCUCAAUUGGGGUCCGCUUGGCACAUUGAAUGUGAGACGUGCCCUCGAUAAGAGAGCCAUGUUUGAACCGCAUGAUCUCGAUAAACGUGGCACGAAGACAUACAACCUUAAUUGGAACAGAUACCUACAUGAUCCAGAUCCUGACUCCGGUUUCCCUGGCCCAGACCCCGAUGCACCAUGGCCCAAUGCUGCAAGGAUCACGUCGUGGGAGAGUGAGGAUGGUGAAGCGGACGACUCUUACACCAAAGGUGAGGUCGCCGACCCAAAUGGCCAUCACAAACGCUGGGAUAACUCCAGCCUCGCCGAGCGUGAUCUAUCAUACGGGCUGAUUUUAUACUGCGUCGAAUGUGGAUUCAGCGGCUCAGCCGUGCUUACCGGCACUGUCGAAGCUAGCCUCUUGAGCGGCAUCGAGGUCGCCGAGGUCGGGUUCCAAGCACAGUUCAAGGCUGGUCUGCAUCUAGGUAUGAAAGCGUUUGUCAAGUAUGAGAAAGAAUGGAGCCACCCGUUUGUUGAGAUUACGAUUGGUUCGUUCGGCAUCUGGAAACUUUUCGAGAUUGGGCCCUACAUCGGCGUUGAUAUUGCGGCUGGGGUCUCAAUCGAAGCCACAGGUACCUUACUCAUUGGAGCUUCGGUUGAGUGGGAAAACAUCGACAUCUUGGUUGAUCUGCUCGAUGACAGCAGGAGUCACUCCAAUGGCCUCACGCCGGUCUUUAAGCCUAGGGCCGAAGCGACCGGGCAACUCAAACUGGAGGCCAGUUUAGGAUUACCGAUCAGUGUCGGGGUGAAACUUGGCAUCAUAUUUGACCACUGGACAGUCAAGGGAGGUGUCAUGGAUACCCCUUCUGUCGUCCUGGAAGGCAGUUUCGAGGCCAACGCAGCACUUGACGACAAUGGGGACAUUUCCGCGAGUAUCGAGGGCGACUGCUAUGGAAUCGCCUGGAACAUUCACUUCGAAAACACACUGGACGCAUUUUAUCGGUGGGGCGACGACGAGCCUGUCAAGUUCCCUCUGCUUGAACCCUUGGAAUCUGACCCCAUUGCGCAAGGCUGCAUAGGCUACGUCAAUGAUGGCACUGGUGGAGGGAGCUCUGGCAGUGACGAUGUUGACCAAGCCAAAGAGCAACACCAAGUCUACCAAGCAGAAGGCCACAACUCAAAAUACCAAGUCCAAGAGCAGUGGCAAGAAGACCAGCACUUCUAA